GCUAACAAGUGAACACCACAUCGAACACCGGCAUUCGUUGACAGACGUGCGCCGAUGAAGCAGCAACAAGUUACUGGCCCCCAAUAUACACCAGUUUAGACCGCUAAAGGCAUCCCAAACCAACCCAAUUAUACCAUAUAUAUAUAUAACCAAAGAAUGGGAGGCUGUUGCUCGAAGGAUUUGGAUGACAAACGCUCCUGGAGUCCCGAGGAGACCAAGAAUGGCAGCACCACAUCGACCAUCAUUGCCCAGCCGCUGGAUGAGGUGGGCUCCACCGGUGUCUUCACAUUGACACGCACCACCACUAGCACCACGCGGCAGGAGAAGACGGUGACCACCACCAGCGAGGAGCAGGAGCAGGAUUAGCUGCCAUGAAAACAACCAAAACCUUUUUUUUUUAACACCUUUUUGCGUGAGUGUGUGCGUGAGUCUGUUGUGAGUGUGUGAAUACUACUAAAGUAAUAAAUAAUAAAAAGGAAAAUGUACAUACGAACAAUGUGAAUAUGAAUAUGAAUCAAGUUAAGCUGUUAACGAGUAAUUAUUAAUUGUUAUGCGCCUGAAUUUCAAUAUCGUAAUAAAUUGUUGAAUCGCUAAA